AUGAGGAUGUUUAACAGCUGCAUAACCCAACAGAAUCAUUCCUCCAAUGACACAGUGCUGGACGCCUCAGAGAAACUCCACACUGUUCUGAUAGUCCUGUACAUCAUCAACCUGGCUGGCGGCACCCUCGGAGUCAUCAUGAUGUCCCAGCAGUUGUUUCAAAGAAGAUCACAGUCUGUGAUGACCAUUAUGAUCAUCAGCCUCCUGGUGCUGCACAGUGUCAUGCUCCUCAGCAUCCCCUUCCGCCUCAGCUACUACAUUUUGGGGGAGUGGAAAUUUGGGAGGUUCGCCUGCAGGCUGGCGAGCGCCAUCAUCUACCUGCACAUGUACACCACCUUCGCCUUUUACAUGGCCAUCAUCAUAGCCCGCCUCCUCCACCUGGAGUUUCGGAAGUGCUACAUCGCGGCCUGGGUGGGGGCUGUCUGGCUGCUGGGAGCACUGGUGAUCACACCUGUUCUCCUCUCCUACUACGGCACCUCAAAGACAUACCACUCCUCCGAGUGCUUCCAGUUCCACAGGGAGCUGCAGGAGGUUCACAUGGUGAUCGUCAACUACUGCCUGGUUGGGAUUUUGGUGGCAGUGUGUGCUGUGCUCACCGGAAUCCAGCUGACUGUGAUCUACAGAGUAGCCAUGAAAUACUGGCCUGACAUUAACUCUCACGUGGAAUUCAGGGCUCAGGCAAAGAGUUUCUUCUUCAUCUUGGUAACAUUAGUCUGCUUUAUGCCUCAUCAUGUAUUUAGAGUAUAUUACAUCCAAAACUACGACCUUGAUAAAGACCAUAGACUACUCCUAUACAAUGAGGUUUUUUUAGCUUUAACAACAAUGUGCUGUCUGGAUAUGUUGUGCUUCAUAGCAGGAAUAGCCCACUGAACUGUGAGCUACCAGGAAGUCCAGCUGCAGUGUGUCAAUACUGGCUUUUGAGAGAAAUAAAACUGUGUUGGGAUUUUCCUGAGCUAGGAAGACUGGUGAGUUUAUGGCAUGCCUCUAGAGGUCCACAGCAUCGUUUGGCUUUUGCAGGCCAGUAAGAGUCCUCUUUCACAAGCUACUCUUUUUUAUCUUCUCUCUAGAAGGCAGGCACACUUGAGUCUUACUCUAGUCUUGACCUAAGAGUCAUGCCCUCAAGCUUCAUUAAGAUUUUCCUUAGCUGUCCUUCUCUAGCACUUACAGCACAAGUAUCCAUUCCUUUGUAAUUUUUUCCUCAAAGUGUCUCAGUAACCACAAUCCAUUGUGGCCAGUAAAUUCUCUUCUCUGAAGGUCUAACUUCUUCUGGCAAUUGUGAUACUGAAGGGAAGAUCUGGAAAAAAGAAAUUCCUUUACAGGAUAUUUGUACUAGUGAUUUUAGAUAGCAAGGACAUAAACUCUACUCAAAUGAGAAGUAUUCCUAGAAUCACGGAAUGGGUCGGAUCGGAAGAGACCACCGUGGGUCAUCUGGUCCAACCUCCCUUUGUAUAAUUUAUACAAAGUAUAUAUUAAAUUAAAUUAUGUGCAAGCUUAUCAUUAUCAAAACUUCAUCUUUACUUAUGUCAUUCCAAAUCCACAAGGAGCUCUGAAUUGUGUUAAUUAUUUAUUUAGAGUGAAUGAGAACAGAACAGGAUUCAAAACUUCUGCCUUCGUCACUCUCCCAUCAGGACUGGAUUUGUUAUCUCUUAGGUCCAUUGUAGUUGAAAAAGUUGCUGUUCUUCCAUAACUGGAUCUGGAAUUCAGUUGAGGGGAAAGAUCAGACCCUCUCCAGGACAAGGAAAUACUUUAUUAGCCUUCAAAAACCUUUGAUGUCUGGUCAUUUUCAGUUGUCUGUUGAUUUAUUAUCAGAUGCCAUAUUUUUUCCAUUUAUGCAUAUAACAAAAGAGAACCAGAAUAAACUUACUGAACAGUGCUUAAUCAGUUCUGCAUAAGCUUGUGUAUGUGUAUACAGACUUGUUCUGAAGUAUAUAUUUUCUCCAUUAGAUAGAUUAUAUUCUGUGGGAAUCACAUCUGUUUUGUGAAUCUCUGUUUUAUCUUCAUGAUUCAAAAGUUCUUUUUAAUGAUUCAUUCUUCCUGGUCUGCUCAGAGCAGAAGGUCUCUAACCCUUCUGUCGAAGGCCUCACAGUCAUUUGCUGCAUCCCAGCAGCUUGAGGCCAGAUUUCUCACACCACAGACUCCUAAGUCACACAAGGCUACACUUCCUUUUUUACAGCCCUAUAAGUUCCCAUAAUUUUUAGUCUGGCAAUCUUUGCUACAGAAAGUAGCAAAAAAGUAGAUCCCUGGAUUCAAAUGAAUUAAAGCUUGAUAUGGGAGGAUAAUAAAGUACACUUACAAAGUAAUGCUACUAAUACCUCAGACUGAUGGCAUUUCUUUGAAUGAAAAAACUUAUGCCUACUCUGUCAAUCCUGAAUAAACAUUUUUGCCUUGACAUUUCCAUAGAAAAAAUUUGUUGAAAACUCCUAUGGUUUCAGGUUCCUUUCUGCCUCUUUUAAAAAGUGUAAGGUGUCCAGGGCCCAGCAACAAGUCCUGAAAUCUGAAAAUCCUGGUCUGAUGGCUUCCUCUGGAGUUACCAUGUCCAUUCCUAUUCAAAAAACAGUUUGAUCAGCCCAUGAUUUUCAAAGGCAGCAGACAGAGCUAGAGUUUAGUAUCACAGAGAUGAAGUAUAAAGGGAGAGAUUUUUAAAGUUGGGUCUACCAAAACUUUUAGAAAAACUGGCAAAGUUGCAGAUGAUGCAACAAGUACACUGUUUUUCCCUUACUGUACU